CUGGAAUCAAGGCUGUAGAGUCGCUUGUACAAAUUGAUCGUGGUCGGCGUGAGUUCAUCAUUGGUGAUCGUCAAACUGGUAAAACUGCUUUAGCUAAUGAUACAAUCAUCAACGAAAAACGAUUCACCGAUGCUGAAGACAAAUAGAAGAAAUUGUACUGCAUUUACGUCGAAAUUUGUCAAAAGAGUACCGUGGCUCACAUCUUAAAGCGUCUUACAGACACUGGUGCAAUCUACUACACAAUCAUUGUAUCAGCUACUGCAUCUAAUGCUGCACCAUUGCAAUACCUCAGCUCAUACUCCGGAUGUACUAUGGGUGAAUAUUUCAGAGAUAAUGCCCUCAUCAUUCAUUAUGAUUUAUCCAAAAAAGCCGUAGCCUACCGUCAGAUUUCUCUGUUGCUUCGUCGUCCUCCAGGUCGUGAAGCCUACCCUGGUGAUGUAUUCUACCUUUAUUCUCGUCUUUUGGAACGUGCUUCUAAGAUGUCUGAAGCCGACGGUGGUGGUUCAUUGACUGCUUUGCCGUAAUUGAAACCCAAGCUGGUGAUGUAUCAGCCUACAUUCCAAUCAAUGUCACUUCUAUCGCUAAUGGACAAAUCUUCUUGGAAACUG